CCCCAGCGCGCCUCACGUUGCAUGGAUGCCCGGUUCUUGAUAAGACAUCGGUACCCGCCGGGGACCUUCCUUCCCAGGGAGGUGGAAGUCGCGGAGAGCAGGAGACCCGGGAACAACGACACGGCGGCCGAGCCCACCCCUUCUCCUGGCGGCGCGACACGGUCCAGGCAGGAAGGUUCUCUCCUCACCUCUUCAUCCUCCCUAACCUGCUGUGUUGGGGACCCCCCUGAUGAGUGGGACCUGCCUUCAUGAGCCCCACGCCCCUUCCCCUUCCCUGUCAGGCUUCAGCUCCCCCAUCUCAGAACCGCCCUAUCGACGACUCGAUGGAGACACUCCUGCUUGCACCCCGGAAAUGGACCUGACCCCCACGCAGUGUGUCCUCCGUAACGUACUGUCCAUAGACCCCAGUGGACAAGGGGGUCCGGGUGGCGGCAGUCCCAGUCCCAGUGAUGGACCAUCAGCCCACUUUGACAACAGUGUGCUGAAACUUCACGAACAUGAGGCCUGCCAGUGUGGCGGCGGGGCCGAGGCGGGCCACAGUCCGGAGGCCGGCGCUGUCAGGAGACCGUCAGAGAAUAUUAGGCUCCAGUCAGGGAGCGGGGGUUUUUUGGAGGGACUGUUUGGCUGCCUGAAGCCAGUGUGGACCAUGAUUGGGAAGGCAUACUCCACUGAACACAAACACAACCAGGAAGAGUCCUGGGAGGUUCCUUUUGAAGAGAUUUCUGACCUCCAGUGGGUGGGCAGCGGGGCGCAGGGGGCCGUCUUCCUCGGAAAGUUGCACGGAGAAGAAGUGGCUGUGAAGAAAGUUCGGGACGUCAAGGAGACGGAGAUCAAACACCUUCGAAAACUCAAGCACCCAAACAUCAUCACAUUCAAGGGUGUGUGCACCCAGGCUCCUUGUUUCUGCAUCUUGAUGGAGUACUGUGCCCAGGGCCAGCUGUACGAGGUGCUGAGGGCGGGCCGUAAAAUCACCCCCUCCCUCUUGGUCGAAUGGUCCAUGGGCAUCGCGGGCGGCAUGAACUACUUACACCUCCACAAAAUCAUCCACCGAGACCUCAAGUCUCCAAACAUGCUGAUCACGCAUGACGACUUGGUGAAAAUUUCUGACUUCGGCACGUCAAAGGAGCUCAGCGACAAGAGCACCAAGAUGUCGUUUGCCGGCACCGUUGCCUGGAUGGCUCCUGAGGUCAUUCGCAACGAGCCUGUGUCAGAAAAGGUGGACAUAUGGUCCUUUGGCGUGGUGCUGUGGGAGAUGCUCACUGGGGAGGUUCCUUAUAAAGACGUGGACUCAUCUGCCAUCAUUUGGGGUGUUGGAAACAACAGCCUGCAGCUGCCCGUACCUGAGAGCUGCCCGGACGGCUUCAAGAUCCUCCUCAGACAGUGCUGGAUCUGUAAGCCCAGAAAUAGGCCUUCGUUUCGUCAGAUCCUUCUUCAUCUGGAUAUAGCAUCUGCUGAUGUAUUGUCCACCCCACAGGAAACAUACUUUAAGUCUCAGGCUGAAUGGAGAGAGGAGGUGAAACAGCACUUUGAGAAGAUUAAAUCCGAGGGCACUUGUCUCCACCGACUUGACGAGGAACUGAUCAACCGGCGCAGAGAGGAGCUCAGGCAUGCUUUGGACAUCCGUGAGCACUACGAGAGGAAACUGGAGAGGGCUAAUAACCUUUACAUGGAGCUCAGUGCUGUGAUGCUGCAGCUGGAGCUCAAGGAGAAAGAGCUGCAGAGGAGAGAGCAGUCUUUGGAUAAAAAGUAUCCAAGUUUGUUCAAACACCACAGCUCCAGGCAGAGCAGCUCCUCCAACUCCAUGGACAAACUCAUUAAGAAGAGGAACGUCCCUCAGAAACUGCCCUCCGGAAAGAGGCCAGACAUCCUGAAGUCUGAGGUAAUCCUUCCAAAAAUGGAUUCCUCUGUGAUGCAAGUCACCAUCCCAGCCUGCUCCAACCGGGGCUCCACGUCUCCCAGCCGAUCUCGGAGAGUAAAGACGCGCCAUCGCAAGCCUGGAAAGGGCAGCAGCGGGGACCUGGCUGGACUCAAGGCCACCCAGUCCUCCCCUAACAGGGACAAAAGUCCCCAGACUAACAGCACCGGCACCAACACCUCCAAUCAGCUCCUGGAGCCCUCAGCAGCCCUGCGGGGCCUCAGCCACGAGCAGCAGCAGAGGCAGCUGUCCUCCUCCAGCCCCGACCUCAUCUGCACCACCCUGGAGGCCGAGGGCCAGGGAAAAGGGGAGCCCUCUGCAAGCGGACUGGAGCGAGGGGGCAGCCUCAGUGCCUCUGCUGGUUUAGGGGGUUCAGAGGGAGGAGCAGCAGGUCUAGAUGAUCUGACAGAAACUCCACCACGCAGCGACACCCCCAGCGAGGACGCUGUGUCGUUCCCAUUCUCCAGCAGCCCAGACUCGCCAUGUGGGAGAGGAGCGGCGGCAGGGAGAGGGUCCCCGGGAUCCCCUCGCCUUCCUCACGAUGGAGAGGACAAAGACGAGGGUGUCGGAGUCGUGAGGUUACCUCGAGGAGCGUCGGGGGGAAUUGGGACUCAACAUCUCACACCUUCAGCCAUUUUGUACAGGGCAGCUAUUACACGCAAACAGAGACGUGGAGUGUCAUCUGAAGAGGAGGAGGGUGAAGUUGACAGUGAGGUUGAGUUACCACGGAGACGGCGUCCGACCAGCAUCACCAAGUGCCAGUCGGUUUCCACCUUCAGCUCAGAGAACUUGUCUGUGUCGGACGGCGAGGAGGGUCACACCACUGACCACUCUCACAGCGGCACCCCCGACGUGGUCAGCACCAACACUGACGACAAGUUGGACGACCGCAGCGAUGACCUUCUCUCUCAGGGGUCAGAAAUCCCAGCAGAUAACACCGAUCCUACGCAGGCGUCUGACGGUCUGUCAGAGAAGGAUGGAGCUGUGGGGCAGAGCAAAGUUCUGCUAGAUGCUGGCCAGAAUCCUAAUGAGAGCCGGGCCUUGUGCGAUGAUUCUGACUGCGACAGUGCUGAGCUGGACCAGUCAGGCAGCGGAGAGCCCAGCCGGCCUCCCAGCGCCGGAGCGUGGGUGUCACCAUCUCAUCCGUAUCACGGGUCUUCUCAGACCCCCCACACAGGACCUCAAUAGACCACUGGACACAAGCAAAGAUCUCCAGCGACCACCACAGGCGUGCACCAACCUGUCAGUGCAGUACAUUACUGUAACCAUGAGGGAUCACACCCACCACCCCACUCAGACUACCUUGGUGUCUCGUACGUUUGCUGGCGGGCAAUCCUGCAUCAAAUGACAUAGGACAUUUGUCAUAUCCUGACAUUAGAUAUUUUGGCAGCUUGUGAAAUCACAUAUAUAUGUCAUUUAAGUUAAGUAGGGGUGUCUUAUUCAAAAUAGUUACCACAGUAACCUUAGCCAUUGCGUCAUGUCAGCAAAAACCUCCACCAAGACGCACACGCUCGCACAAGAAGGUCCUCCACCCUUAGUCUUUUGAGCACCUUCACUCUGGGAGCAUCCUCCAUGAUCCUCCACACACGAAUGCAUCAGAUACUAAUGACAAAAAAAAUGUAAAUAUUCAUUCCACUCCACAUGAGAAAUAUCUAACUUUAUUUUAUUUGUAAGAUAUAAUGUAAGACUUUAACUGUAUGC